AUCUAACUAAACCGCAGACCAGAUAAGAGUUUUUAGUACUUACAACUAGUGCUACUAUUUACUUCUCCUCCUCCUCCUCUUAUGAGCAGUGAGGAUCGCUCUUCCGAAAUGUCAGAGGACGAGGAGCGCCCCCCAUCCUCAGAUCCCGCCACUGGGGUCGGCGGAGUAAAGCCCCCACGUAGUUCCUCAACCGUUCACGGCGGCGAUUUGCCCUGCUCCUAUAUAUCCCCGAACCCAGAUCAAGUCCUCGAGAAUGUGCUGGAAAACGUGCUCUGUUUCUUGACCUCCAGGCGGGACCGCAACGCCGCCUCCCUGGUCUGCAGGUCAUGGUACCGUGCGGAGGCUCUGACCAGAUCCGACCUCUUCAUUGGCAACUGCUAUGCUGUGUCGCCUGGUCGGGUCAUUAACCGGUUCAAGCGGGUCAACUCGGUGGCCAUUAAAGGGAAGCCCAGGUUUGCUGAUUUCAGCCUCUUGCCGGCGGAUUGGGGGGCUAAUUUCACCCCUUGGGUUAAUUCUAUGGGCCAGGCUUAUCGGGGACUGGAGAAAGUUUAUCUGAAGCGGAUGUCCGUUGCUGAUGAGGAUCUGGCGGUGCUGGCUCACUCGUUCCCGAAUUUCAAGGAGCUGGUUUUGGUUUGUUGUGAUGGAUUUGGGACUAAUGGACUUGCUAUUGUGGCCAGCGAGUGCAGGAAGAUUAGAGUGCUCGAUUUGAUUGAGUCAGAGUUGGUAGAAGAUGAAGUGGACUGGAUUUCAUGUUUUCCACAGAAUGGAACAUGUCUCGAGUCUUUGAUAUUUGACUGUGUGGACUCCCCUAUUAAUUUUGAGGCAUUGGAGAGACUUGUGGUUAAGUCACCGUCUUUGAAGAAGCUUAGAUUGAAUCGACAUGUAACAAUCGUGCAGCUCUAUCGUUUGAUAGUUCGAGCUCCACAGCUCACCCACUUGGGAACUGGUUCAUUUGGCCCCGCAGAGAUUGUUGCUCAGGGUGAACAGGAGCCAGACUACGUUUCUGCUUUUGCUGCAUGCAAAUCUCUAGUUUGCCUUUCUGGAUUCAGAGAAAUCAAUGCUCAUUAUCUGCCUGCAAUAGUUCCAGUGUGUGCUAACCUUACCUCUCUGAAUCUUAGCUACGCCACAAUCAGUACUGAACAACUGAAAUCCUUUAUCUAUCAUUGCCAUAAGCUCCAGACUUUGUGGGUGCUUGACUCGGUAUGCGAUGAAGGACUGCAGGCAGUGGCUGCAACAUGUAAGGAUCUCCAUGAGCUUCGUGUUUUCCCAAUUGAUCCUCGAGAGGAUGUCGAGGGACCUGUUUCUGAAGUGGGUCUUCUCGCAAUAUCUGAAGGCUGUAGGAAACUGCAAUCUAUUCUAUAUUUCUGCCAGCGAAUGACAAAUGCAGCUGUUGUAGCAAUGUCAAAGAACUGUCCUGAUCUUGUGGUAUUCCGUCUUUGUAUCAUGGGAAGACACAGGCCUGACCAUUUGACUGGAGAACCAAUGGAUGAAGGUUUUGGUGCCAUUGUCAAGAAUUGCAAGAAGCUCACUCGGCUUGCCGUAUCUGGUUUGCUCACUGACAAGGCUUUCAGUUAUAUUGGACAAUAUGGAAAACUAGUGAGGACCUUGUCUGUGGCUUUUGCUGGUGAUGGGGACAUGUCACUGAAGUAUCUUCUUGAGGGCUGCCCAAAUUUGCAGAAACUUGAGAUAAGAGAUAGCCCCUUUGGAGAUUUGGGCUUGCUUGCUGGUCUACAUCACUAUUACAACAUGAGGUUCCUGUGGAUGUCGUCUUGUAGAGUAACUCGUGCAGGUUGCAGUCGAAUUGCUCGCCAAUUACCUCGCUUAGUAGUGGAAGUUAUUAGCUCAGAUGACGACGGAGAAGGAAGGGAUAUUGGUGAUUAUGACGACGUAGAAGGAAGGGAUAUUGGUGAUCUUGUUGGGACAUUAUACAUGUAUAGGUCUCUUGAUGGGCCAAGAGCUGAUGCACCAAGAUUCGUAAACAUCCUGUGAACAUGCAUCUGGGAAAUGUUUGUGCUGAUAAUGAAGUUGACGUUGAGCAAUCAUGGACUCUUGGUUCCGCGAUAUUUGAUGUACUGUGGGUAGCUUUUAUGACCCACAUGAAGGUCCUGGCCUUGGUGAGCAAGACAGAAUACGACUUGCGCGCACGAUUGAGCAAUUGAAAUGACAUUCAAUACAGUUUUCCAAGGCAGUCGACAGAAUUGUAGAAAUUUUAGAAGCUCUUUACUCGAGCAAGGCAAUGGACCAUCCAAUGUUGUAUCGGUACGCAUUUAAUUUUAAUGUUUCUUAAUGCUUCAAAUUCAUUUGACAAAGAAGCCUUUGGAGGUAGUGAAAGGAGGGGUUGUUGAGCAGCACCAAAGAUUGGUAGACACUGGUGCCAUGUACCACUGGAUCUGAUUGUUUCUCCGACAACAUUUAGAAAAAAGGGUCUUCAGGACCUGGAGAUUGAGAAACUGAAAGUCCUCCUCAAUGCAUUGGGUAUAGUGAAUUAAGCGGAUUAUUGAUAGAGUUCAGCAGGCGUAAUUUUUAGAAAUCUUAGUUUUAAGAUUCCUCGCUGUAGCUGCUGAUAACUAGUGCCCAGGAAUAUACAUCAAUCAAUCUCUCCAUCUAAAUCUUUAGAAAUGUUUGUUUUUCUCAGAUGUGUUGUUCUCAGCACCUGACUGUUGAAUUUAUAAUUGUUAUUGUUAGAAAUAUGAGAUGAGUAAUAAAUGCCAAAUAUGCAUGGACCAGA